CGCCCGGCUUCGGGGAGGGCGGCGGCUUCCGCUCGUUGGUCUUGGCGGGGAGCGCGCUAACGGCCGCCGGGUUUGAACGAGGAGGCGGGCGGAAGGACGGACGGAGGGACGGACGGACGGCGGGACCUGGAUCCCCCGACCAGAAGCAGCAGCCCGCACUUCCUCCAAGAUGGAAGAUCCCGGAAUGAGCGACGCGCCCUCCUUUUUCUCCCAGGAAGGCGUUAGAAGAUAUAAAAGGGACAAGAAAGUUUCUAAAGCUGCCAAACUCAAUGUUUCUCUUGCGUCAAAGAUCAAAUCCAAAAUCAUAAAUAAUUCGUCUAUUAUCAAGAUUUCUUUAAAACACAACAAUCGGGCGUUGGCCCUUGCCCUCAGUUUGGAGAGAGAGAACUCUCGGAGGCUGACGACGGAAAAAAUGUUACUGCACAAGGAAGUGGAGAAGUUGAACUUUCAGAACGCCUUUCUCCGCCAAAAACUCAAUCUUCUGAAUAAGACCCUCAUAGAUAUAGAAGUUUUCAUGAGCGGUAACUUGUUAAGCGCCAUUGAAAUGAGCAACCCUUUUGAGGACCGUCACAGCCCCUUCGUCUUACCGGACGAGGCGAAGAAGGGUGAGGACGGUCACCCCGCCGCGGCCCCGUUUUCGCCGAGGCCCGCCCCGCUGCCCAUGAGGGUCCCGCUGACCGUGGACGACGAAGAGGAGGAGGAGGAGGAGGAAGAGCCGUCGGACGACGACCUGCCGCCGGCCGAGCCGCCCCGCCGGGAGAGGAGGAGGAAGCGGGGGUCCGGGCGGCCGGAGGGAGGAGAGGCGGGCCUCCGGGCCUCGGCCGUCCCUUUCCCAGCGAGCCGGUCUCCCUCCGGACGGGGGGCCCCGAGCCGCCUCGAUGGUGAGCGGGACCACCGUCCGAGCGCCGAGCGAGGGAAGGAGCACGGGCCUCGCGGCCAGCGCCCGUCCGGGCACGUGACCGAAAGGAAAAAGCGGGUGACGUCGGCGGGCUCGGGCCCCCCUCCCGGCACGCCGCCCCUCGCGGCUCCGGCCCCGAGCCCGGAAUCCAUUCGGGCGGGCGCCGGAGCCGAGCCCGACGGGACGCGGGGCCCGGGCCCGCCUCGCCCGGGCGGGGACCCCCCGGCCGUCGCCCCCGGAAGGGAGUCGCCGGACGGGGCGGGCGGCAGGAGCCCCGGAAGCCGCGAGGCCGGAGCGGCCCGGACGGAGGGCUUCCCGGGGUGGCCCGGCCCGCGGGCGACCGGGCGGAGGGCCGGGAGCCGACCCGGCCCCGUCUCGGACGACGGAGGCGCCGGCGGGGACGCGGAGCCGGGCGGGCGGCUCCCGUCGGGCGAGACGCCGCCCCGGAGAGUCCCGGGUGGCGGCUCCCCUGGGCCCCGCCGCGCCGGAGGGGACGGCUCGAGGAGAACGUACGUGGUGAGCGGGAGAGAGGGAGCCCCGGGUCUCCUCCCCGAACCGAGCGGGGGGCCUCGCCCCGAGGUCACCGAGCGCGCCACGGGGCAGGGCUCCCAACCCCGCGGGAGAAGCGCCGUCCGCAGGAGAACCUACGUGGUGGAGAAGCCGGCCGGACCCGUUCCCGAGGCCCGGGCGGGCCCGGGGACCGGACCGCCGAGGCCCGCGCUUAGCGGAGAAGGGAGGACCGGACCAUCCAAGGGCGGGAGGGCUCGGCCGGGAGCCGCCGGGAAGCCGGUCGGACCCAGAGGGAGCCGGAAGACCCCCGCGUCGCCCUCCGGAACGGAGGCCCUCUGGGACGACGGCGUCGGGGAGCCGGGCGGCCCGGGAGGCCUCCCCCGAGGUCCCGGGGGAGAGGACGGGAGCUCUCGGCCCCGGGCGGAAGCCGUCCCCAGCCACGUGGGAGCCUCCGGCCUCGAUGCCUGCCGGAAGGGACCCGCUCCGAGGAGGAAGAGGCCGGAGGGGGCCGGCCCGGGAGCGGCCGGAGAGAGGCCGGGCUCCGGCGGCGGAGCCGGGAGGGGCGGCCGGGCCGAGUCCCAGAGCGGGAAGACGUACGUCGUCGUCGUCGCCCGUCCCGGGGGCCCGUCGGGGGCCGGGGGCGGCGGACCGGACCCCGCGGCGGGGUGGGGCCGUCCGGCCGGGUGGCAGCUCGGGGAGGUCGCCGAGACCGUCAAGGUGGAGCCGGUGGGCUUCCCGGACGAGGCGGGGACGGUGGACGACGAGUCGGGUUUUGAGCCGCCCCCGACGUUUUCCCGCAAGAUCCCGCCGCCGGCCGGCCCGCGCCCGGGCGCUUCCGGCGCCGCCGGCCGAGAAGCGCCCACGGGCUCUGCCCCGGCGAAGCCGCCGGGCCUCAGGGCGACGGACGUCGAGCUCUCCCCGAGGAAGCGCCGAGGGACGAUGGCGGAGCCGAUUGUGAAAGCCGAACCGGUGACGCCGAUUCCCGGGAGCCACGCGCUGCAGGAUUUGACCAACACCAGCUUCGUUCCCCACCCCGUCUCGCCGACUUCCCCGAGAGGAUCGGACGCCGACCCCUCUCCGCUGCUCACCAGGCGGAAGCGACCGGCCGUGUGCUACACGGAGCCGAAACUCACCGGGAAGCUAAGGCGGGGAGACGACUUCACGGACUCUAUGUUCUUGCAUUCCCCCAUCUUCAAAUCCAAGAAGUCAAAGCACAAAAACACGAAGAAGCAGAAGGAAUUGAAAUCUUGAAUGGAUCGAACAAAGAAGAAAAGCUCAAAGAAUUAUAUUUAUAUUUCACUUACCUGGGGGGGGGGGGGGGGGGCGGAUGAGGUCAGAUCCCUCCCCUCCCUCAUUCUAGAGCCUAAUCUUGUGUCAAGUAGCUGUUUACAAAUAUUUAGGCUUUUUUUUUUUCCCCUUGUGAUUUAUGUCCUCACCCCCACUGCCCUUUGCACGAUAUACGUCAGCUGACUUCCCCACUGCGCUUCGCGUGAUAUACGUCAGCCGAUUUAAGACAACGUGAAAACCGUUUCCCGAUUUUCUGCUGAAUAAAGUCAUUUUUUAGCUUUGAA